GGUUACUCCCUUUUUGUUUUCGUUUUGUUUUGAUUUUUUUCGUCUCCGUUUGCAUACUACCGCCUAAAGUAUACAUUAAUUUGCAAAUUUUUUGUUGUUUGGUACGAACGCGUUUGCAAUUUGCCACGGGUUUUGCCGAUGUUCCAUCGUGGGUUAAUUUUGACGAAUUUAAUUGCGUAGCUGCGAGUUUUAUCGCAUCGGUGUAGCGAAUGACCAGAUUUUCGUCAACUGAACGCAAACUGACUUUUUUUCGUAAUACUUCUAAGCAACUUCUGAGUUCGAUGGAUUUUAUGUGAAACGCAGUUGAAGAGGUGCAAGAAAUUGUAAUAUUAUUGUGGUGGAGUGCAAUAUAUCGUUCUUUGAAAUGGCGUAAUAGCAACUUAAUUAACAAUUCAUCUCGUAAUUGUGGUCUUUUGUAGAAGAGUCAUACCAGGUCAGCUGAAAUAUCACGCCGAGGUUUAGGUCUUAUGUGGGUAACUCAACUCGCGAGUGAAAACGCGAAUAAUUAUUUUAAACGUAAACCGUUGCUUAGAACCGCGCGUCAAAACGCCUUAAUUGGAAGUGGUUAUCGCUCUAGAAUUAAAAAAAUUGCCGCACGAACCCUAAGCAAGCGGGAAAAGCGAGCAAAUCUUUUCCCGUGUUUUGCUGCGCGCGAGAGCAGGCAGAUGGUGUAGUUGAAAUCUUGGCACGCACUCACUGUGAAUUUAAAAUGAUGCUGGUUACGAAGUCCGAGCUUUGAUCCACUGGUCUAAAUGGGAUCCACUUGUACCAAAGCUCAGAGAACUGACCAAAACAGCAAGUACAGCCUCCAAAAUCGAGCGGAUGAUUCCUCAGCAGAUACAGUACAGCCGCAUAUUCACGUGACGUCAGUACCAGUGGACUGCGCAUGCGAAUCCAACUGCAAUGACAACGAAGUGUGUAAUAACUGUGAUGGUUACUCGACGCACGAUCCUACCAGCUAUUCUUCAGAAAAAGCUUCAGUUCUCGCCGUGUCAAGAUUGCGUGAAAUUAUGGAUCAGUUGGAUACCGGAAAGGGUUUAUCAGCUGCAGAUAUGAAACAGGAAUUAGGAAUCGCUGUCGCCAUGUUGGACAAAGCAUCGGUAGCAGCGACGCCAUUAAGAGAUUACAGGGGGUCCACGAGUGCUUUGAGCGAGCUUGACGAAGAACUAGAGAGUAGCCUCUAUUCUGAUGACGUCAAUGAGGAGGUGCGGGAGUGGAUCGCUACGACGUUUGCGCGAAGCACUCCUGGCCUACGCAGAAAAAGCUUGGCAAGAAGGCAUACGUUUCGUAGCGUAGUACAGGCAGUAAAAGCAAGUCUAUACGUGAAAAGAAUUUAUCAAAAUAUGGCAGUGAAAUCGAAAUUUCAAGUUCCAGAGGAGGUUCAACAAUAUUUUAAGAAUUUAGACAAGUGGACGUUUGAUCCGUUCUCAUUUAGCGACCUUACCUCUGGAAAUCCUCUCCGUUACCUGGGCCACGAAUUAUUCACUCGCUAUGAUCUCCUAGCAAAAUUUAAGAUAACAUCUUCAACACUGGAUCGUUUUCUGGUAGCCAUUGAAGAUGCAUAUAAGAGACCUGGGAAUCGUUAUCACAACGAGUUUCACGCAGCCGACGUAGCGCAUUCGGUGCAUUAUUUCCUGUCACGUGUUGGACUCAUGCACUGUAUGAGUGACUUAGAAAUAUUUGGAUUAUUACUCUCUGCCAUUAUACACGACGUGGAUCAUACCGGAACUACGAACAACUUUCACGUUAACGCCAGAUCCGACCUCGCAUUGCUGUACAAUGAUCGCUGUGUGUUGGAAAAUCACCAUUUAUGCUGUGCAUUUACGCUUUUGAAAUCGCGAGAACUAGACAUCCUUGCGGGUUUGACAUCAGAACAGUACAGUGACUUACGUACCUUAGUCGUGGAUAUGGUAUUAGCGACCGACAUGUCAUCGCAUUUCGAACAACUCAGAGCCAUGAAAGCCACUCUCACAGUCCUAGGAAGUCAAGUAGAAAAGAGUCAGGCACUAGAGUUUAUUCUUCAUGUGGCUGACAUUAGCAAUCCGGCAAAGGACUGGGAACUACACCGACAAUGGACUUCUCGUAUCAUGGAAGAAUUCUUCUGUCAAGGAGAUCGCGAAAUUGAGAUGGGAUUGCCAAUUUCUCCUCUGUGCGAUCGCUCCGUCACUUGUAUUCCUGAGAGUCAACUAGGUUUUAUUGAGUUUGUUGUCAUGCCAGCAUUUGACGUGUGUAGCGAGAUGCUGGACUUGUUACUGGAAACGAAGACAUCGCAGGCCGCGGCAGAUCUUGGCAUAGAAGGAUUUGGAGGCAAGGAGAGGGCCUGGGUGGCACCUCUUGCUGAUAACAGGCGGAGAUGGAAGGAACAGUGCCAGUCCUCUGCAAGAGAGGGAAUGGGAGAAGCCCGCUCACCUUCAAAUCUGAGCUUACUAAGUCGGUCUUCAAUUGGCGUCACCGAAGAUGAGAACAAGAACAGACAGAGUCCAAGAAAUAGCAAGCCUCUCCUAACUCCAAUCAUCUCCUAACACUACCCUUCAGAGGA